AUGUCACAAAGCCCACGAACAACGGAUGUCGAGGGACAGCAGGUGUCGAAUCCAGUAGCAUUGCAAGCAGACGCAAACCAGCCGUCACCUGACGAGCAUGAGCAGCAAGACAUGAGCAGAGGCCCUGAUGAUCCCGGUGAUCAUGGUUUGGGUGUUUACGACUUCGAGGUCAAGGAGCAAGAUCGAUGGUUACCUAUAGCAAACGGUAUGUUCUUUCGGUUCUUCUUUCAUCUCGUGGUCGGACAGGGUGCAACCGACAAGGGAGCUUGCUCAGUCUGUACCACCUUUGCAUCACCACCUGCCUAUUGA